AAUCCGUCACCGUCGUGGGAGGUGCGGUGAAAGCAAAAUUUAUAAACAAAAGUGUACUCGAAGGCGCGGAUCCUAUUUUGGCUUGUGAUUAUCAAUAAUCUUUUAGAAAAGUGCAAUUGGACAAAAUUUUCAAUGGAAAUUACAACCAAAAAUUUCAUUGAGCAGCUGCCGACGAUUCGCCAAACCAUCAGGGAGGCUAGCUUCUUCGCCAUCGAUGGGGAAUUCACCGGGCUGACCUCGGAUCGAAAUGUGCUUCCCUUCGAUACACCGGAGGAGGUGUACCUGAAGACUAUCGAUAAUUCCGCCGAUUUCGUUAUCAUUCAGCUGGGGCUGUGCGCUUUCCGAGUAGAUCCCGAGAGCGGACAGGUCAGUUACAAGUGCUUCAACUUCUACUGCUAUCCGAAGGGAAGGAUGCACAUAUUUUCUUGCCAGGGAGAGAGUAUGCGCUUCCUGGCGGAAAACGGGUUCGAUUUUAACAAACUGUUUAGAGAGGGGUUGUCUUACUGUGGCGAGGCGGACGAGGAUCGACUGAGAACAGAACUCAAAGAACGGCAAGAUCAACGAGCCGCAGCGCUGGAAGCGAAAGAAGAGGAAAAUGGCAAUAACGAUUCGCUAAACAUGGUCCCUGUUCCCCCGGAGGAGGAAAAGCUGAUGAAAGAAAUCAGUGAGCGAAUCGAGGAAUUCCUCAAAUCGGAAGAUAAAGACUACACCAUAACCAACUGCAAUGGAUUCCAACGCAAGCUGGUGUAUCAAAUGAUUGAUUCACAGUUCAGGAAGACGGUUUCAACUUCUUCGGUGACCUUGGAGAACAAUCAUAAAGCUAUCCUGGUGGAACGCAAAAGAACGAAGGAACAAGAGUUGAAACUGGAAGAGGAACGGGUGGCUCAAGAAAAUGAGGAUCUGGAACGCAUGGUUGGCCUCUCGCUGGUUCUGCAGGAAUUGUCUCGGGCGAGAAAACUUAUCAUUGGACACAACAUGCUGUUGGAUCUGCUGUUUAUCAUACGGCAGUUCUUUCGGCCGCUACCGCACUGCUAUCAGGAGUUUAAGAAGAUCGUUCGUGAGUUGUUUCCUUUAAUCCUGGACACCAAGUACCUGUGCACCAACGGGGAACUCAAAGUUCACGUCUACUCAUCGGUGUUGGGUCACGUGUUCGAAGCCGUCAAUAAGGCCCCCUUCAACAUUCCAGAGGUGACCUGCGGAUUUGAGGAACACAAGUACUCUCCGGAUGACAUGAAACAGCACGAUGCCGGUUACGACGCAUACUUAACUGGAUUGUGCUUCCUAGGGCUGGCCAGUUUCUUCAAAGUAGACCUGAAGGAUCUUACUCGCGAUCCAAUUCUCAAAGCAUAUAUCAAUAGAAUAUUUCUGUUACGAGUCUCUGAAAUAAACUACAUCUACACUCACGGGAAAGAGCCAUCCUUCUCGAGAGAGCAUGUGUUCUUCGUUUCCUUCCCGGAGACUUGGCGCCAGAGUGACAUCGUAAACCGUUUCCGCAACUACGGUCAAGUGUACGUGAAUUGGGUCAAUAGCAACUCGGCGUUCGUUACCCUGCACAAUCGCGACUACGCCAGUCAUGUGAUCAAAACUAUUGAUAAAGCCAGCAUCACCAUCUGUACUUUGACUCAAUUCAAAGCCAAGCAGCAAUUGGCUGGGGUUAAAAGGCGACACGAUAGUGAUAGUUCCGAUCGAGGACAUCAGCAUCACCACCACCACCAUCAUCACCAGCACAGCACCCACCACAAAGGGAAAGCAGAAAAAGAAGAAAAAUCGACAUCGGUAGUACCACCGCAGGUUUCCGCCGAAGAUGUGGCUUCGUUCGGCGCUGCCAGUCAACCUAAAAAGGCCAAAAAGGGACCAUUCGCCGAGGAUGACAACUGGUAAUCAAGCCAAGUAUGUAGGACAUUUUAUACUUUUUAUUUUGUCAGAGUAUUUUUCGACUGAUCAGAUUUUUCGAUCUUGACUAAUGAAUUCAGGAAAAAGCUUA